CUCCCAAAUGGUUCCCUCCCCUUUGAAGAAAAGGGACUACUUAACUCAGACUGCUGUAGUAUCUGACACAAGACAGGUUCACACUCGACAGUCACCAUGGUUCGCUAUGUGGAAACUUUGGAUGAGUUCAAAUCGAUCCUGAAGGAGUCUGGAGGCAAGCUGGUGGUGGUGGACUUCACAGCCACAUGGUGUGGCCCCUGUCAGAGGAUAGGCCCAAUUUUUGAAGCAUUGUCAAAAAAACCUGAAAACAGCAACGUGGUUUUCCUGAAGGUGGACGUUGAUGAUGCUUCAGAAGUAGCGCAAGAAUGCAAGGUCAAUAGUAUGCCUACAUUCCAAUUUUACAAGAAUGGAGAGAAGAUCGAGGAGUUCUCUGGGGCUGACGGGCCCAAACUUGAAAAACUAGUGGAUACUUACAGAAAUUAAAGAUCACCACCACUCUCUGUGUGUGCUGAAGUAAUUCCAGUUUCAUUCUUUGAACAAUAAACACCAGGUCUUCUUUUCCACACAGGAAAAAAUUACUUCCACCUAUCAUGUGUCAGUCAGCUCAGUGUGUUUGUAACAAGUGUCUUUAACAAAUGACUACAACCAAAACCUGAUGACCCCUUUUUAAUUCAUCUUUUUAUGGAAAAAUUGGCUCCUAACUCCAGAAUUGUCUUUACAUUUUGUCCAAUGAGGUGGAUUUAAUAAAUCAUGAAUUACACAAA